AGUGUCGAGAAAAAUAAGGACUCGGCAAUAUGUUCUCCCUAAAAUGCCAGUUUCUGAGUUCAUCCAAUUUCUUAUUCCGUACCUAUCAGUCAAAUCAAACCACUCACCUAAUUCCUUUGUUUUGUUGUUAAAUCUACCCAGUUCAACGACUACACGCACGAAGGGACUUUUUUUUUUUCUCUCUCUCUCUAGUUUUUGAACUGAAAAGAAGCCUCCAUUAAGCAUAUUCUCUCGCUUUCUAUUAUUUGACUUUUGAAUCAUUUCAUAUUCAACCCUACUGUUUGAUCGUUAAAGUAUUAAUUUCUACAAACAGGAUCAGAUGGAAGAGAGCCUUCUUGCAUCGGAAACUGAAGAUAUCAGAGAUUUGAAAGGAAGAGUUUGGGUGGAAUCGAAAAGGAUAUGGAAACUGGCUUUUCCUGCAAUGUUAUCCAGGGUGGGUCAAUAUGGAAUGUUCGUGGUGACACAGGUGUUUAUGGGACACAUUGGUGAACUCGAGCUCGCUGCUUAUGCACUCAUUCAAACCAUUACUGUGCGAUUUGCUUAUGGCAUACUGGUAGGCAUGUCAAGUGCAAAUUCGACAAUGUGUGGGCAAGCAUUUGGGGCAAAACAGUACCACAUGCUGGGAAUUUACUUGCAAAGAUCAUGGAUCAUCAACCUCACUACUGCUACAAUAUUGCUGCCUGUGUUUAUCUUCUCAGCUUCUAUAUUCAAACUACUUGGUCAGGAAGAAGAUAUAGCAAGUAAAGCAGGCCAUAUCUCCCUUUGGUUCAUACCCAUCAUCUACUCUUAUGCAUUAAUGUUUAACAUGCAGCAGUUUUUACAAUCCCAGCAUAAAAACGUGAUAAUUGGCUGGCUGUCAGCAGCCUCAUUUGCACUUCAUGUUCUUCUUUCAUGGAUCUUUGUCUCCAAAUUGAACUUGGGGAUUCCUGGUGCAAUGGCUGCCAUGAUUGUGGCAAGUUGGUUGGUCACAAUUGCACUGUUCUUGUAUAUCUUCUGCGGUUGGUGCCCUAAUACAUGGAAAGGAUUUACACUAGCCGCUUUGGCUGAUUUGUUUCCUGCAGUAAAACUCUCUUUAUCCUCAGGAGUGAUGAUAUGCUUAGAAUUAUGGUACAAUGCUGUUUUAGUCCUGCUAGCAGGAUAUUUGAAAAAUGCCACGACUGAGAUUUCUGCCUUCUCCAUAUGCAUCAAUAUAAUAGCUUGGGAAUUAACAUUAUGCUUGGGGCUCGUCGUAGCUUGUAGUGUCCGUGUUUCAAAUGAACUGGGGAGAGGAGAUGCCAAGGCUGCAAUAUUUUCCAUCAAAGUCAACUUAACCACCACAGUUUUGAUGGGAGUAUUGUUUUCGAUAAUUUGUCUAGUGUUUGGCAAUAGAAUUGGCUACAUAUUUACAAGUGAUGAACAAGUAGCAGACACUGUUUCAAGUCUUUCUGUCCUACUAGCUAUCUCGGUUUUUUUAAACAGUAGUCAGACAAUAUUCACAGGGGCUGCUAUAGGUUCUGGCCGCCAAGGUAUGGUUGCAUAUAUUAACAUUUGUAGUUAUUAUUUGAUUGGAGUACCUGUUGGAGCUCUUCUUGGAUAUAUAGCUGACCUCAAAGUAGAGGGUAUUUGGAUUGGGAUGAUUCUGGGUGUUGUGAUUCAAACACUUGUUCUUGGCUACAUAACCUGGAAAACUGAUUGGAAUGAGCAGGUGGAUAAAGCAUCAAAACGACUCAAUCGUUUCAAAAGACCUUUGGAGGAAUCAGAUGGCAAUUAAUUUUUUUUUAAGCUAUAAUUAAGGAUGUUCAUCACCGAUAACCAAAAGCAAAAAUUCAUUUACUUCAACUUCCAGACACCACAACAUAAACUACAAUUUCAAGCAUGGGCCUUCACUUUCUUCAUGAAGUUUUUAUUAGAAUAUAUUUGCUUGAAUUGGAUAACAA